AUGGCGUCACCGAUAUCAGUUGUCAAAGGAUCUAGCUCCGCCAAUUGUCAUAAUCCACUUGGUGAAUGCAACAACAAUACGGACAAAUGUCAAAGUACUUUUCAAUUGGUCGAAUCGUUCGGGCGCUCCAGACUGAGUAACCCACAUGGAGUUACACUGUCUUACAACGGAGAUAUCGUCGUAGCUGACAGAGGCAACCAUAGCGUGCAGUUUUUCACUUGGUCCUGCUAUUACAUGACAUGCGUUCAUAUGGUAGACGGGGGACCUACCGACAUCUGUGCUAUGAGGUACCAGCGUUUUUGCGUCACCGAUGCAAAUAACGGAGUCGUCCGUAUUAUCACCCAGGACGGUCGGCUAGUGAGAAAAAUUGGAGAAGGCAUACUAAUCAGACCGAUCGGAAUCGCCACUCUUUCUGAUAAUAUCUUUGUCGUUGAUUCGGAUAACCACUGCGUGCUGAAUUUCUCUAAACUGGGAAGAGUGAUUAAGAAGAUUGGUAGCUAUGGCAACGGUGAUGCACAGUUUUGUCAUCCAUCGUUUAUCGCCGUCAACGGAAAAGGAGAGUUGAUUGUUUCGGAUAGCGGGAACAGCAGAGUUAUCGUCGUCUCGCAGAAUGGGGAAUGCAUCUUUAGUAUCGAUGGGAAAUCCGGCGAAGAUGUACAGUUUCGAAAUCCGCGCGGGGUUGCAGUUGAUUUCCAUGACAACAUAUACGUCGCCAGUGAUCAUCGAGUUCUAAUGUUCUCUCCUAGAGGGCGCUUCCUGUGCCUUGUCGUCGAUGAUGCGUCUCUCGAGGCUCCAACGGGUUUGGAAGUUACGAAGAGAAAUCCAUGUGAAAUAGUUGUGUCUGAUUCGUCAAACAAUUGUAUACGUGUCUAUACGGGAUACUGCCAGAAAGACCAAUAUUGA